UCGUUUUUUCAACAUCGACAUAAUCCAUAAAUUUGAAUUACUCGAUAAUAACGAUUAAUCGCCCAGCUCUAGUAUGGGGCUGUUUCUCUUCUCAUGAUUAUAGCAGAAUCCAUAUAAUUGAAUGGAAGAUGAACUAUGUACUAGGAAGUUCUUAGCUUCUCAGAUGAAGCUGUUGCCAUCCACCAGGAUGAUGAGGAUGAGACAUGGUGGACUUUCCAGCAGGACAGUGAUCCAAAACGUAUUACAAAGGAGACCCAAUAGAGCAUUUGUGGAAGGAACUGAAGAUCAAGAUUCACAAGAGGGCCCCUUGGAAUGUUCAAGGUUUAAAUACAGUCCGUGUUUAGAAGAAUGGACCAAAAUCCCACCUGAGCACAAAGAAAAAUAGUCUGUUCAUAUUGAAAGCAUCCUGAAGCAGUCAUUGCAAACAAAGGCUUUUCCAACAAAGUAUCAAAUACAGUUUCAGUUAGCAUGUCCAAUGGAUUUCUCUUGUCAUUUUACUUUAUUAAAUAUAACCUUUUUAAAUUCAAAUUCAAAUUUUAUUAGUCACAUACAAAAUCGUACACAGUAUGAUAUGCAGUGAAAUGCUUACACGACUGUUAUGACCCUAGGAAAAGGAAUAAGGACAGAACAAAGACAAGAUAAAAAAAUAUAAAAAUAAAAUACAACAAUACGAAAUAUAAAAAAUAAGAAUACAACUUGUACUAAAAUAUGAAAUAUAAAAAUAUAAAAACAAGUUCACAGUAGCAAAAAAAUAUAAUAGAAUAAAAAACAGAGUAAAAUAUAAUAAAUAUAAAUAAAGUAGGGUAUGUAUAUAUAAUAUGUAUAUAAAAUAAGAAUAUGCAUGUGUAAAAGUGUAAAAUGUACAUACAGGAAAUAUAAAAUACAACAGCUGUGAUGCAAAGUUAUGUAAAAAUUAUACAUUUAUAUACAGUUAUAUAAAGUGUAAAGUGAAUAGAGUGUAGUGCAGUAGUGUCCAAGGUGCAGACAGCAGCAGUACAAAAUUAUUGCAAAAAUUAUAUAGAGUGGAGUGUGUAGUGUGCAAUAGUGACCAGAUGCAGACAGCAGCAGUACUGGGUGGUCACGAAGUGGAAUGAGGUGAUGAGAGCAGUGGUAUUGUCCAUCUUUAAAGUGCAGAUGUGCAAAAGUCCUCUUUGUAUGUAAACAGGAGCAGACUGUGCAACAUGUGUUGUAUUGUGUGCACAGUCUUGGAAUGUGCAAAUGUGCAGAUGUACAUUGUGUGUUUAUUGUGUGCCACAGUCCUGUAAUGUGCAAUAUCUGGUGUGGUUGGUUGGCGUUCCAACACGAGUAUAGGAACAUAGUAGAUCUAAUCAGAUGAGUCCUAUGUGAGGUUCUGGUUGAGAGACCGUAUAGCCUGCGGGAAGAAUCUUCUCAGUCUCUCAGUGUUGGCCUUCAGGGAGCGGAAGCACUUCCCAGACCUCAGCAGAGAGAAAAGUCCAUUGUUGGGAUGGCUGAGGUCCUUCACAAUCUUCCUGGCCUUGGUCCAGCACCGCUUGUUGUAGAUUGAGUGCAGGUCAGGGAGCUCGGUACGGAUGAUGCGCUCAGCUGAUCGCACCACCCUCUGAAGAGCUCGUCUGUCCUGCAUGGUGCUGUUCCCGAACCAGGUGGUGAUGUUUCCCGUCAGGAUGCUCUCUAUGCAGGAAUAAAAGUUCCUUAGCACCUUAGCAGGCAGUCUAAAGUCUCUCAAGCGUCUGAGGUGUAAGAGACGCUGUCAGGCCUUCUUCACCACGGUGUUCAUGUGACAGGACCAUGACAGAUCCUGCGUGAUGUGAACACUGAGGUAUCUGAAGCUGUCCACUCUCUCCACUGGGCUGCUGUUGAUCACAGGGGUCUGGUAGUUCCUCUCCUGCUUUCUGCUGAAGUCCACUAUCAGCUCCUUAGUCUUGCUGAUGUUAAGGUGGACAUUGUUCUGCCGGCACCAGUCCUCCAGAGUCUUAAUCUCCUCCAGGUAGGCUGUCUCAUUGUUGUCGGAGAUCAAUCUGACAACAAUGGUGUCGUCAGCAAACUUGAUAAUGUUGGUGGAGUUGGUAGUGGCCAUGCAGUCAUACGUGUACAAAGAGUACAGCAGGGGGCUCAGAACACAACCCUGAGGGGCUCUAGUGCUGAGGGUGAGUGAGGCUGAGACAUGUCUGCCCAUCCUUACUGCCUGUGGUCUGCCAGUUAGGAAAUUGGAGAUCCACUGACAAAGACAUGGGCUGAGUCCCAGGUGCUCCAGCUUGGUGGUGAGUGUGGAGGGGAUUAUAGUGUUAAACGCUGAACUGUAGUCAACAAACAGCAUUCUAACAUAAUUCCCCUUUCUAGUGUCCAGGUGAGUGAGUGAUGUGUGACGGAGGUGGGAAAUGGCAUCGUCGGUUGAGCGGUUCGGGCGGUAGGCGAACUGUAAUGGAUCCAGUGUGUCUGGAAGUGAAGUGAUGAUGAAGUCUCUGACCAGCCGUUCAAAGCACUUCAUCACUACUGAGGUCAAGGCUACAGGGCGAUAGUUGAGGGAAGCAGGAUGGGGUUUCUUCGGGACACGAACAAUGAUGGACUCUUUGAAGCACGUGGGGAUUGCUGACUGGGUUAAGGAGAGGUUGAAUAUGUCUGUGAACACAGGUGCUAGCUGGUCAGCGCAGGCUCUGAGGAUUCGACCUGAGAUUCCGUCUGGUCCUGCUGCUUUCCUGGUGUUCACUCUCCUGAAGGCUCUCCUCACGUCAUGCUCAGAGAUGAUGAACGCAUUGGUGUUGGCAUUCUCUUCCUGUCUACAACCAUUAGCAUUAGCUGUAUCAUUAGCUUCGUUAGCUGCAGCCUCGAAGCGAGCGUAGAAGGUGUUCAGCUCGUCUGCCAGGGUCACUUCCGCAUUCAUCAUACCGGAUGUUGGUGCUUUAUAGUCCAUAAUUGUCCUUAAUCCCUGCCACAGGCUCCUAGAGUCACUCUGUUGGAGUUUUGACUCUAGUUUUCUCCCGUAGCGCUGCUUCGCCUCCUUCACCACUUUCCGCACGUUGUAUGACACAGCCUUGAAAGAGGUCAUGUCACCCGACGCAAGUCCCGCCUUAUAGGCAGCGGGGCGAGAUCUGAGCGUCGCGGAUGGUCUUAUCCACCCACGGCUUCUGAUUGGGAAACGUUCUUAUGGUGGUUUUCUGCAGAGUGUCAUCUGCUAGUUUCCCGAUGAAUCCCACAACCACUUCCGUAAACACAUUGAUGUCAUCAGAGCUGCGCCAGAACAUGUCCCAGUCUGCGUCAUCCAGAGCGUCCUGUAGAGCGGCCACCAAUUGGUCCGUCCAGCAUGAGACCUCCCUCUGAGCCGGAACUUCCUGCUUGAGCCUUUGUUUAUAUUUUGGCAUGAGGAAGAUGGCGGUGUGGUCAGACGUCCCAAACAGUGGGCGAGAUUGUGCCUUGUAGCCAUCUUUAACUGUAGUGUAGCAGUGGUCCAGUGUCCUUUCACCCCUGGUGGGGCAGCUGAUGUGCUGAUAAAAGUUUGGCGCUGUGCGUUUAAGGUUGGCACUGUUAAAGUCCCCCGCCACAAUAAGCACAGCGUCCUGGUGUUGAGUCUGGUGUUGUGUGAGUGCUUCAUGCAGCUCGCAUAAAGCAGUGUCCGUGUCUGCCUGAGGUGGAAUAUAAACGGCGCUGACUAUGACCGAUGUAAACUCCCGAGGAAGAUAAAAAGGACGACAUUUUGAUGGUCAAUAGUUCCAGGUUGGGUGAGCGCUGUUGCACCAGCUACUGUUCACCAUUAAACACACGCCGCCUCCCCUUGACUUCCUCAAUUCCAAUGUUCUGUCCAUGCGGUGAACCGAGAAGAACUCAGCUGGCUGGAUGGCGUGGUCCGGUACCGCUGGGUUCAGCCAUGUCUCAGUGAAGCAGAGGAGAUUGCAGUCCCGAAUGUCUCUCUGGAACUUUACCCUGGCCCUGAGGUCAUCGAGCUUGUUCUCCAGCGACUGGACGUUGGCGAGCAGGAUGCUAGGCAGAGGUGUGCGGUGUGCACGGGCUCUCAGCCUGUUCUUGACGCUGGCUCGUUUCCCCCGGGGCUGCGCUUCGGGUCGCGUCCUUUGUUCUCCCUCAGGAUCUCACUCGGCCAGCUUGGAUCCGGGGUCAAAAACGUCGAAUUAAAAUGGCCUGGUUUCAUCAUGCCUUCCAAGAAGAGAGCCUUCCACAAUCACCUUCCCUGAAGAAUCAUCCAACGAAUAAUCAUGCAUGCCUUGAAUCAAACCAGAAUCCAGCUACAAAAGUAGCUUUAUCUGAGGGCCAAGGUUGGCCUCAGCUCCUCCAGUCAUCAAUUACAUCCUGCCCUACUGCAUCACAAGAAAUUGUUUGCCCAAGAAUAGGAGAGCACUUGCAAAACUCUUCCCUCAAUCAGAGUGAUGGUCCAGUGCCUCUGUCAUAUGUCACUCUCCAGGAGCAGCACUGUGUGCUUAGCUGGUUUCUUGGCUGGGGUCCCACUCAAAGAGAAUGUUUUCUUCAAGACCUGAUUUCAAAGGCAGUACCAAGAAAGAUUUGCAGCUUAUUGGAGCACCUUAAUAAACUUCAGGUGAAGGACUGCCCUCCCAACAUUUUUGAGUGUCAGUUGAGGCUGUGGACGCAGUGGUUUGAUACAUGGACUGAAGAGGAACGAAAUGCCUUUUUGACCAGCCUGGAAGAAAAGGAUCCAAUCUUUGUUGCUCAGUUCUACAAAGGUCUAGCUAGUACUGCAGGAAGUAAUUAAUUUUUUUGUUGUUGUUGUAUAAAUAAAUAGGAUAUUUUCCCCAUUUCAUUCAUGCCAUCAUCAAUAACAGCACAAUCAACCCUGCUCUUCCAAAUGAAAUAAGGAAUGUAAGUUAAUAUUGGUCAGA